AUGAUUUCGCUUUCGCGUCGACAAAGACCAAGAUUCCUGUCGGCUGACGGUACUUCUCUCGGGCCAGAUCCAGCAUGCGGAACGUGUCGCAAAAAGUGCCGCAAAUGCGACCGCAAGCGGCCAAUCUGCGACAGAUGCCGGACCAAAGGCCUGCACUGCGAGGGCUACCCCCCGAGAUUCCAGUUCUGCGAGAUGGUCACGGUAUCGGAGCGUGGAAGUUCCAGCAGUCGGCCGAGGCGCGGUAGCAAUCCACCGUCACCGUCCCGCUCACUUCCAGUUUCCAACCAGUCGCCAUCGGGAGUGGCGUUGACGGAGGUGUUGAUGACAGCUUCAGUGCAAACUCAGUCUCAUGAUACAUCCUUCUCUCCUGAUGAGUUCAGCCUGGAUGCCACCGGCCUGAGUCUCUCAUCACCACCGUCGCCGAUAUCACCAUCGCCACCAUUGGCAUCGCCUCCUCAGGGACCCACCACUCCUCUCACCGGCAGCCCAGACCUCGACCACGAUCUGCUGACAAACCAAACUCUCAUUAUUCACUUUGACCGUAAGCUCAGUAAACAUCUCACAAUCCAUACUGAGGGGACAGAAAAUCCCUUCAGGGACCACGUCUUGCCGCUCGCGUAUCAACACCAGGGCGUAUUGCACGCCCUGCUCGGGUUCUCAGCAUGCCACAUGCACCUGUCUGGGACAGAUGAGAGCCAGCACUUCGUGACGACGGCGCUCCGAUACCGAGUCUUGGCUCUGCGCUCCCUCGGCUCGUUGCUGCUUAAGGAAGAGAUGGAGGGGCUUUCAAGCUCCGAGGAGGAGUUUGUUUUGGCAAUGGUCCUCUUAUUGGUCUUCCAUGACAUCUGCGAGACUGGCAUCUCCUCCCACGGAGCUCACCUGACCGGCAUCGCGUUCCUGUGCGCAAGAUUGGCCUGCCCGCCUGACUUCUCAACGCGAUCUCCGGCUAGCAUGUUCUUUAUCUCCGCUCUCGCAUGGCUGGACAUGCUACGAGGUUUCAGCGGCGCGGAGAAGCUUGCGUACUCUGAUGAGGUGCGCAAGUGCGUCAGGGAUCACGGCAGCCUAAGCUUGCACACCCUAGUUGGCUGCCCACCGGUCAUCUUCCACCGGAUUGGUCAAGUCUUGGAGGCUGGAAAGAAGUAUCUCAAUGGAAGCUUAUCAUUGGACCAGUUUCAGCUUGUCCUUGACGACGCGGAGAAGUUCCUGCGCGGUUGGGACCCUGAUCAGGCAGUCUAUCCCACGAAGCAUCCAGAAUGGAAGCACCUGGCGGAGGCAUACCGACACGCCUGUCUCUUACGCGUGCUCCGUUUCCCCGAUUCGUUUGCGCUAUCGUGCGAAGACGACCGGAUCAAGGCGUCAGUUGCCGCCAUCCUUGACGUCUGUGCCGCGGUUCCAAGGGACUCGGUAUUCUACAAGCGGCUCCUGUUUCCCUUAUUCUUGGCCGGAGCCGACACAUCUUCUUCGCAUCAGACGCACUAUACCAGCUGGUGUGUUGGCGAGAUCAAGCACUCGACAGGGUUUCAGCAUCCGGCAAUGACGGAAAUGCUGACCAAAGUCUGGGAAGGGCGACGGUCCAAUCCAAACGGCUGGUCCAACGUUCCUUGGAUGGAAUUCACAUGUUCCUCACUGCUCCAGUCCCAGCAUGCGUAUCUCUUCUUCUAA